AUGGGGACGCUCAACUGCGUCGACACAAGCUCCGGCGCAAAACUACAGCAGCAACAAGCAGCUCCGACAUCGCCCACCGCCUCGGUGUCGGAGUCAAACAUCGUUGUGCCAUCGUCGGCCGAUAUCGAUGCCAAUGAUGCCCUAGCCAGCCUACAAGCCCUCAGGUUCGACGGAGACAUCGACAGUGAGAUCCAGUCACCGGACAUUGCCAUGUGGGAGUCGCUCUUCGCCGAGCAAAUGGGCGCCUCGGGGGGUGACUUUCUGAUGUUCUCUCCUAGGAGGGACUUCACGGCUACCGGAAGCCCUAGGAGGGACUUCACGGCUACCGGAAGCCCUAGGAGGGACUUCAUGGUCUCCUCUCCCAAGAGAGACUACAUGGUGUCUUCCCCAAAGAGGGACUACAUGAUGUCUUCACCGAGGAGGGACUUCAUGGUGUCAUCCCCCAAGAGGGAGUACAUGGUGUCCUCACCUCGGAGAGACUCUUCCCCAAGGCGAUCACCCUUCUCGGCCAACCUCUUCAGCACCGGCGGCGUCCACCAGCAGGGCUACGCGCAUGGACUAGAUCAGGGAAGUGGCGCCGCCUGCGCCCAGCCGCUGUACGGUGGCCUUGCUAACCAUGGCAAGGGGAAGUCGCAGAGCCCGCUGCACAAGGUGUACAUCAACAACGCCCACAGCAACAGCGGCAAACAGAGCACCGGCCCGUCGUCUCUCUCGUGCUCGUCGUCCUACGGCCAUGGUGAGAACCGGUCCCUGCCGUCCAUGGAACCCUCCUUCCUCGACGACUACAAGUACCAGGAGGGAGGUUACCUAGGGUACCAGCAGAUGCUGGGGAAGCAGGUGGCGGCCGGAAUAAUGCAGAACGGUGGGAGCUCCGCCACAGUCACCACGGUGGCUCCUCCUUCGUCCUCUCAGCUGCCGACGCUGUCGGAGUGCCUGGCCAUGCCGGAGCCGGCCUAUGUAGGCGCAGAGGAGGCGGCCGCAGCAGCGGCAGCCGCCGCCGGGCUCCAGAUGGGCGUCGGCUUGACGUCUGACUUGUACUACGCAGCACAGUUUGGAGGCGGCGGCGAUGGCUUGACGACGUUGCAGCACCAGAUGGCCAAAUCUGAUCAGUGGGCAGCUGCAGCAGACUCAUCCCUGCACAGCAUGCUGGGUUCAGUCAUCCAGGCAGAGGCCGAACAGGAACAGGACAGCGGUCUUCAACUGGUGCAUCUGCUCCUGGCGUGCGCCGACUUCGUCUCCAAGGGGGACCAGCUAUCGGCGCUGCGCCACUUGCACCUCCUCCGCCGCGUGGCCUCCCCGCUGGGCGACUCAAUGCAGCGCGUCGCCUCCUACUUUGCCGACGCCCUCGCCGCCCGCCUCACCCUCUCCUCCAACCCGUCCUCCUCCUCCUCCUCCUCGGGCGGUGGCCACGCCACGCCGCGCGGCGGCGCCGGCGCGGGCGUCGCGCCCUACACGUUCCCUCCGUCGCCGGACACGCUCAAGAUCUACCAGAUCCUGUACCAGGCCUGCCCCUACAUCAAGUUCGCGCACUUCACCGCUAACCAGGCCAUCUUCGAGGCCUUCCACGGCGAGGACCGCGUGCACGUCGUCGACCUCGACAUCCUGCAGGGCUACCAGUGGCCGGCCUUCCUGCAGGCGCUGGCCGCGCGCCCCGGCGGCCCACCGACCCUGCGGCUCACCGGCGUCGGGCACCCUUCGGCCGCCGUCAGGGAGACCGGGCGCCACCUCGCCUCCCUCGCCGCGUCCCUGCGCGUGCCGUUCGAGUUCCACGCCGCCGUCGCCGACCGUCUCGAGCGCCUGCGCCCCGGCGCGCUCCAGCGCCGCGUCGGCGAGGCGCUCGCGGUCAACGCUGUCAACAGGCUGCACCGCGUUCCUGGCGUGCAUCUCGGCCCGCUGCUCUCCAUGAUCCGCGACCAGGCGCCUAAGAUCAUGACGCUCGUCGAGCAGGAGGCUGGCCACAACGGCCCCUACUUCCUGGGCAGGUUUUUGGAGGCGCUGCACUACUACUCGGCGAUCUUCGACUCGCUGGACGCGACGUUCCCGGCGGACUCGGCGCCGCGGAUGAAGGUGGAGCAGUGCCUGCUGGCUCCGGAGAUCCGGAACGUGGUGGCAUGCGAGGGCGCCGAGCGGGUGGCGCGGCACGAGCGGCUGGACCGGUGGAGGCGCCUCAUGGAAGGCCGCGGCUUCGAGCCUGUGCCGCUCAGCCCGGCCGCCGUUGGCCAGAGCCAGGUCCUGCUCGGCCUCUACGGCGCCGGUGACGGGUACCGGCUCACCGAGGACAAGGGCUGCCUCCUCCUCGGCUGGCAGGAUCGCGCCAUCAUCGCCGCCUCCGCGUGGCGGUGCUGA